GCCAUCUUAGUGUGCCCCCAACAGUUCUCACUCAGCACCUACUACCAUGCUUCUCCUCUUUCUCCUCUUCCUCGUUGCCACCACCUCGUCACCAGCAUCCGGCGAUGGCGAAGCCGAGCCGGUGGUCAACGACUUCUCCCACGUCUGCAGCUCCACGGACGGCCCGCAGCAGCUCUACCAGCCCAACAGCACCUUCGCGGCCAACCUCGCCGCCAUGUCCACGGCGCUCCCGAGGAACGCCUCGGCGACCGGCUUCUCGGCGGGCGCGUUCGGCCGGGCGCCGGACACGGCGUACGGGCUGGGUCUCUGCCGUGGGGACAUCCCCGGCGACCGCUGCGCUGCGUGCCUCGCCAUGGCGUUCGAGGGCGCGGCGGACCUGUGCCGCGACAGCAAGGACGUCACCAUCUUCUACGACCAGUGCCACGUCCGGUUCUACGACCGGGACUUCCUCGCCGGCGUCAGAAACGGGCCAAAGAAGGUCGCCCACAACAUGAACAACGUGUCCGCAUGGAACGUCGCCGAGUUCGACGGCCUUGUCACGCGGUUGGCGAACGCGGUGGCGGACAGGGCCAGCAACGCGAGCAAUCGGUACGCCACGGGCCAGGCCGGCUUCGCACCCGAGAAGAUCAACCUGUACGGCCUGGCGCAGUGCACGCCGGAUCUCACGACGGCUCAGUGCCGGAGCUGCCUCGCCGGCAUCAUCGGAGAGAUACCCAAGUCCUUGAGUGGGAGGGUGGGCGGGAGGAUUCUCGGAGUGCGCUGCAAUUACAGGUACGAGAAGGAUAUCUUCUUCCACAUGCCCGACGACAUCGUCACGCUCACGCCGCUCGUCAGUUCCUCUUCCUCCACAGGGAGCAAGAACACCCUAUGGAUCGUCGCCAUAGCAGUCCCCGUGACCGUGCUCCUCUGCGGCUUCUUGGCGUGUUUCCUGUGGAUCAGAACACGAAGAAGAAGAGUGGCCAAUCUCUCGGGGAGGGUGGGCAUACCGACCAUGUCCAUGGAGAUGGAGCAGGUGCUCAAGCUGUGGAAGAUCGAGGAGAGCGACUCCGAGUUCUCGCUCUACGAUUUCGACCAGAUCGCGGAUGCCACCGGGAACUUCUCCGACGACUGCAAGCUCGGCCAGGGUGGCUUUGGCGCGGUUUACAUGGGAGAACUGAGUGGCGGGAUUGAAGUCGCAAUCAAGAGACUCUCUACCGGCUCGGUGCAGGGGCUCAUGGAGUUCAAGACGGAGAUCCAGCUGAUCGCCAAGCUCCAGCACACCAACCUCGUCAGGCUCCUGGGAUGCUGCCUCCAGGCCGAGGAGAAGAUGCUCAUAUACGAGUACAUGCACAACAAGAGCCUCGACUGCUUCAUCUUCGACAGCACGAGAGGUGCGAUACUGAAUUGGGAGCGGCGGUUCACUAUAAUCGACGGGAUCGCGCAGGGCCUCCUUUACAUGCACAAGCACUCUCGGCUGCGAGUGGUGCACAGGGACCUGAAGGCGAGCAACAUCCUUUUGGACCGCGACAUGAACCCCAAGAUCUCUGACUUUGGUUUGGCCAGGAUAUUCUGCUCCAACACCACCGAGGCCAACACCACCAGGGUCAUGGGCACACAUGGAUACAUCUCUCCCGAGUAUGCUUCCGAGGGCCUCUUCUCGACCAAGUCCGACGUUUACAGCUUUGGCGUCUUGCUUCUUGAGAUCAUAAGCGGGAAGAGGACUCCAGGCUUCUACCAGCACGGCAAAUUCUGCAAUCUCACAGGAUACGCGUAUCGUCUUUGGAAAGAGGGGAAAUGGCACGAGAUGGUCGACCAGGUAAUCGGGACCGGCUACCCCGUGACCGAGGUUAUGAAGUGCGUCCAGGUGGCGUUGCUCUGCGUCCAGGACAGCGCCGAAGACCGGCCAAACAUGUCCGACGUCGUCGCGAUGCUCGGCAGCGAGGGGCUCACCCUGCCGGAGCCCAGGCAGCCGGCGUACUUCAACGUCAGGAUGUCGAGCUUCCCGGAGUCCACCGGUUCAUUUACCGAGUCGCCCUACUCCUACAUUAGCAACGUCGUCUUGACAGACGGUAGAUAACGCGUGCAAGUGUAGGUGCUCAAAAUCCAUUUCUACUAGCUUGGUGACUGUACAGUUGAUUGGAUUCAGUUACAAAAAGGAGGGAACAUAGCAGGUUAACAUAGAUGAUGCACAUACAUUCCCAUACCCAACAUGUAUUAAAUAGUACUUUUCUUGACAUUUUCUCGUAAUUCUCAGGGCUUCCUUUUCUA